UCUUGCACGCUGCAUUUCGCUCUCGUCGCUCGCUGCGAGUGUUUCACUUCUGAUCAGCGAAUACUUUUCAGUUAUUCCCCUGAAUACAAAAACUGUGCAAAAACAGCAGAACACCAGCCAAAGGUGGAGCAGAACGGGAAGCAGUUGAAAGUGUCGUCGAACAGCGGAAAAAGCGAGUGAAGAAAGCGCCGCAGAGCAAAGUGAAAAAAGCCAUUGGGAGUUGUGGAGUGAAAGGGAGAGUGAGAGGGAGGGAGCGCCAUCGCGGUGGUGGGUGUACAUGUGCGUGCAUUGGUGUUGUGUGUCCGUAUAUCCGUGUUAUCGCCAGCAGCACUGAGUUGCUCCAAAUUCGCGGCGCAUGCGCAGGACAUUAGCACCCGCGCUCUCGCUGGCUCUCUUGCUCAACUUGGAAACGGAACAGGAUAUUUUAUUAUACUGAAAUUCGUAUACGCAGGAAAUUCGCAUAGUUGCGAAAGCUCCGCGCUACCACACGGACGCAUUCCGCUGCUGGAUCGGCUUCCCCGCACACCCACACACCCGCCCGUCGCGCAUCCACACACACUCACACUCGCGUCCGCCGCUCACACACACUCGCGCAGAAAUCAAUUAAAGGCAAAAAGAUAAGUUGCAGUUUUUCCGGGAACCCAAAAAACAUGCUGAAACUAACUCACAAGUUGCGAAAAAAAUGCCGCAGCAAAACGGUUGCAGGGAAAACAGCGGUGAACGCGACGAAUCUGUGAAACGAAAAGAAAUGGCAACGAAAGGACAACGGAGAAAGUAGAAAAGAGAGAGGCUGCAAGGAUGUACUGCCAUUUUGACCACCGAACCAGCGAUUUGUCUCUAGCAACAAAAGCACCCACGUAGCUAUUUGCAAUUUGCAUUUUUGCAUUCUCACUGCCCCCCGGAAGUAAAAGCAGCUUCAGCGGAAAUUAAAACAAAUCGAAGUCGAAAUAAGUGGCAGAGCAGCAGAGCAGGCGUUAGAAAGAGAUAGAGAAGGAGCGAGAGCGAGCUGCCCGAGAGAGCAAGUGCAUCCUCUUUACAACCGGUGACUGCAACCAGCCCACUCCCUCCCCCUCUGCACCCACCCCCCUCCCGAUUGUCCCUUGCAAUUUGUGAUCUCAUGUUUUCAUAACUUGGGCAGCAGCCGUUGGCACGGAUUAGAGGGAAACGUCAGGCGUCGGCACGUCAGGAGGAGGCGCAUCCACAUCCACAGCCACAUCCAGUUGCAAAGUGCAGUACUGCUUUUCCGUUUGCAGGAACUCUCAACUCAACUCAACUUAACUCACAACGAAUAAACCGAACUUGCAUUUUUAUAUCGCAUUUUUGUAAGGAACCAAAGACACGUGUUCAGCAUUGACCAAAUGCCAUUGCUGCCAGUUUUAGUUGGACGAGCAAGCAAAUACGGCAAUUAACAGAAGUUGCCUUCGAACGAAACCCCACCCAAGGCGAGGAGAAAGGAGAAACGAGAGGACAGAACGAGGAAGAUAUUCCCAAUCGGAUCCCCACUAAUAAAUGCAGUGGAAGAAGAAGUUUACUCGAUUGAAAGCAGCUACUGGAAAUUCGCGUGUGCGAAGAAUGCUUUGUUGUGGACGUAGAAAGGAGAAUGGAAGAUCAGUUCCUGAUGUCACUGCCAGCCCGGGACGCGCACCUCCGGGCCCGCUGCCCGCCAACCAGCUGUCCUCGCUGGGCAACCAGCAACACCACGGCAACCAGCAGCACCAUGGCAACCAGCAGCAUCACGGCAACCAGGGCAACCACCGCGGUCCCAGCGGGAGCCUGUCGAAUGCCGCCGGGGUCAAGGACCCGGUGAUGCUGCAGGGCGACUUCCGCAAGGUCAGCGGCAUCAGCUCGGAGAUCUUCCGCCAGAUAGAGGCCGUCGAGAAUGACCACGACCCCAACACGGCGGCGGCCCUGGAGGCGGUGGAGCGGCGCGGCGAGAUGAUCGUGCGCGUCCUGGAGCCGCGAUGCAUGGGCAGCAAGCAGGCGGUGGACGCCGCCCACAAGCUGAUGAACAAGGCGGACGGACGGCACACGGUGCAGCUGGUGGAGAUCGUCAAGCGGCCAGGGCAAACGCUGGGUCUUUACAUCCGCGAGGGCAAUGGCGCGGAUCGAACGGAUGGCGUGUUUAUCUCGCGGAUUGCUCUCGAGUCGGCCGUCUACAACAGCGGCUGUUUGCGGGUGGGCGAUGAAAUCCUGGCCGUCAACCUGGUGGACGUGACCCACAUGUCCCUGGACGACGUCGUCAUCAUUAUGUCAAUUCCGCGCCGCCUGGUGCUGGCGAUACGGCAGCGGCGUGGCAAUCGCGGCACAGGAUCCCCCGGACCGCCGACGCUCUCGCGUCCGGAGCAGAAACCGCCACCGGUUGUGGUCAUCAAGCGGGACCUGCGGGACGAGGAUCUGGACGAGACGGACCGGAUUCCGAGACCGCGCUCAUCACGUGAAAGACGUACAGGAGAUGGUCGCGAGAUGACGGAGUCGCGAUCCCGCCUAGGCCUCGGGCUGAACAACUACAGUCCGCAGUCGGAGCAGCUGGACAUGUACUACAAUACCCGCGGCGGCGGCGGAGGAGGAGGCGGAGGAGCCAUGGGCGAGCCGCCCAACUGGGGCUACAAGCCACCACCGCCACCAUCCUCUGUGAUCACGGAGCAGCCAACAAAGGGCCAUGCUUUUGCUCCCUCACACGCCUACUACCAGAAUGCUGGCACCCUGGAGAGCCUGGCGGAGAAGGUGCACGCCUUCUAUCCCGGGCAGCCUGGCGGUCCGCCCGUGGGUCCCUCGAGAAGAAUGUCCACGGGCACCGGGAACGUGGGUCUCGCCCAACAGCACGCCCGUUUCCCGCGAUCUGGCUCCGAUCAGCACUUACCUCGCGUUGAAUACGCCGACUACUCCAACUCCCUGGGACGGCACUCCCUUCUGCGUUCCAGUUUGAAGCCAGGAACGGCUGGAGGGGCUCCGAUGCCAGUGGGAGUGGGUGGAACCCUGGGACGAUACGGCCGCUACGAUCAACAGAGAGCCGGUGUCUCCAAGUACGGACCCCCGGCGGGCGGAGCUCAGUCGCUGACCCGUCGCUCCCGACCAAACCUGGACUAUUCCAGCGACACGGAGGCAACAAUUGGUCCCAGGCCGAGCUACUACUACUACAACAGACCCGCCAUCGGCAGCAUGCCAAGGGGAGCGGGAGGAGCGGGCGGCGGAGGAGUGGGCGCAGCGGCAGCGGCUGCCUUGUUGGCCGGCGCCGCGGACCUCAAUAAAUUCAAUUCCCUGCCCCGGGAACGACCAGGAGUGCGACUGCAGGGCAUUCGCUCCAGGAUGGGCGAUCGCUUGGUGGACGAAAACGAUGGGAACACUUCGGCACCUGAAUUCGAUGCGCGGAGGGGCAGGGAUCUGCGACAGCGGAUCACAGCCAGUCCGUCGAUAUUCACGGCGGACGAGUACCGCGCCUGGUUGAGGAGGGCGCCCAGCAGCUCGGCGAUUGCGGAGCAAAUGCGAAUGACUCGGGACAUGUUUGCCCAGCCGCGGGCACAGCGAUUCUCCUGCAGCGCCGAAAACAUCCACGAUGCGCUGAGAAAUACGGAGAGCAUCUACUCCAGUAGAACCCACAUCCUCGGCACGGGCACUCUCGACAGGAACAUGGGCCUUACUCGUCCGAUCUCCGCACUGCCUGUGAGAUCCAUGUCCUCGCAGCACAUCGGCGGAGCUGGCUCCAUUCGGUCGCCCAGCAUACGGCGCAUGAGGCAGCUACUGGAGCUGUCCGCCGGUCCAGCCAGUCCCAGCGGAAGCAUUCUCAGCACCGGUGGCCACCAGAGUCCGGCCCCCACGCCAAGUGCCACGUUGCCUCGGCCACACCGCCAGAUCGACAUCAACCCGGCGGAGUUUGCCAAGUACAAGCUGGACAAGCCCAUCGUGGAUAUCGGUGGGAUAUCCGGCAUGUUGUGGAUCCACUUGCUCGCAGGUCGCGGCCUGAGGACAGCUCCGGAGGGAGCGCAGGGCGGGCAGGUGCCACCUGGCCAGACCCGAGACCUCUACUGCGUCAUCGAGUGCGACCGCGUGCACAAGGCGCGCACAGUGGUGCGUUCGGGCGACCUGCAGUUCGACUGGGACGAGUCCUUCGAGCUGGACCUGGUGGGCAACAAGCAGCUGGACGUGCUGGUCUACUCGUGGGAUCCGCAGCACAGGCACAAGCUGUGCUACCGAGGGGCCAUCUCGCUGUCGUCGAUCCUCCGGCAGUCGCCACUCCACCAGCUGGCCCUGAAGGUUGAGCCCCGGGGCACGAUAUACAUUCGCAUGCGGCACACGGACCCACUGGCCCUCUACAAGCGCAGGGGGCUGCCCAGCUUGAGGGCCGGCUACCCCACCCUCUUCGGCGCCGACCUGGAGACGGUGGUCAAUCGCGAGUCGAAGAACGCGCCCGGCAGUGCACCGGUGCCUAUCGUCUUGCGGCGCUGUGUGGAGGAGGUGGAGCGCCGGGGGCUCGAUAUAAUCGGGCUGUACCGACUGUGCGGCUCCGCCACCAAGAAGCGACUGCUGCGCGAGGCCUUCGAGCGCAACAGCCGUGCCGUGGAAUUGAGCCCGGAACAUGUUCCUGACAUCAACGUCAUCACCGGCGUGCUCAAGGAUUACCUCAGGGAGCUGCCGGAGCCGCUGUUCACGCGCUGUCUCUUCCAGAUGACGGUGGAUGCCCUGGCUGUCUGCCUGCCAGAUGACCCCGAAGGCAAUGCGAAACUGAUGCUUAGCAUACUCGACUGCCUGCCGCGGGCAAACAGGGCCACUCUGGUAUUCCUGCUGGACCACCUCUCGCUGGUCGUCUCCAACUCGGAGCGGAACAAGAUGUCCGCCCAGGCGCUGGCCACCGUGAUGGGCCCACCGCUGAUGCUGCAUUCGGCGAGUGCGCAGCCGGGCGCUGACAUCGAUCACGCCCAGCCGAUCGCGGUACUCAAGUAUCUGCUGCAGAUCUGGCCGCAGCCGCAGGCGCAGCAUCAGCAGAUGGCGCAGCACAUGGGCGGCGCUGCGGGGGCGAUGAUGGGCGGCCUGGCCACCGCCGGGAGCAUGAGCAAUAUGGCCGGCGUUGCUUCAGGUCGGCGCGGCGAGUCAACAGGGCAGCGUGGAAGCAAAGUCAGUGCGUUGCCAGCGGACAGACAGCAACUUCUACUGCAGCAGCAGGCGCAGCUCAUGGCGGCGGGCAAUCUUCUGCGCUCGUCCACUUCGGUAACCAACAUACUCUCCCAAGGCCAUCCUCAGCUCUCAGCCACAGCCAACAGUCAUCUGUAUCAAUCAGUAGUGGGUCAGUUAGCUCAAUCGCAUCGAGCCUUGCAACAAGCGGUGCAACAGCCCUAUCAAUUGGGGGCCUCAGUGGGCUCAGCAAUUCCCGACCAAUCGCCACUGCCACUUCCAGGCACACCCUCCCCCGGCAGUAGUUCGGCAUCGACGGGCUCGGGCUCCGGAUCCGGAUCGGGUAAAAGCACGGAUACCAUCAAGCGCGGUGCUUCGCCCAUUUCGGUGAAGCAAGUCAAGAUCGUCGACCAACCAUCUAGCCCCUAUUCCAUCGUGAUGAAGAAGCCACCGCUGCAGAAGGACGCCCCUGUGGAAAUCACCACGCCCACCACCCAAGCGGAGGCAGGCUCUUCCUUGGGCGGCAAGGAGAGCAAUGGCACGGCGUCUCGCAGGGGAAACGUGGACUUCUAUGAACCGCACAAAGCGCAGUCCAAGAGUUUGGUGAACGAGGAAUCCAGCUACACCUCCAAGUACUCCAGUCUGGAAGCCAAGAAGAGCAGCUUUGGCAACAGCAGUAGCUACACGCCCAGCAAGGCGAAUGCAGGUGGCCUCUCCGCCGCCGGCGAGGAUUACAAAGCCAUGCGCAACAAGUCGAGCGCCACAUCCAGCUCCAGCUCAUCACAGGCCACUGUUCUCAGUGCUGGGUCGACGGCCACCUCGGCCCCGACCACCUCGUCGGACGACUCGGAUGACCUGGUCUCCUACAAGUCCUCGGCCUCCACAAACGCCUUGCUGGCCCAAUCGCAGGCCAUGACCACCAGCCAGCUGAUGUCCAAGUAUCUGAAGCGGGAGCCCCGUGUACAGUUUACGCCGAUCAAGUCCCCGGACUCGCCCUCGCCUCCGGGUGGCGACGGACUACCCAAGGGUACUUACCAGCUGGUGACACCAAGCCCGGGAUCAUCGACCAAACCGGGUGCUACCACUGGAGCUAUAAGCAAGUACACCACCAGCUCAGCGGACUCGAAUACAAAUUCAAACAGCCAGAAGUUGUCAUCUCCCUCGCGACUAUCCAGUAGGGAUAGCAAGGAUAGCAAGGUGAGCAGCACCACUGCCUCGUCCUCGCUGGUUUCCACGGGUCGUCGACUGUUCGACAGCCUGGCCUCUUCAUCGUCCUCGGAAACGGAGACCAAGACCUACGUAGGUGGCGUCACUGCGACCUCAAACGAAUCCAGGAACUCCGGCAGCAGCAGUAGCAGUAAGUCGGGAAUGGGAGGAGGGGGAUCUGGGCUGGGAGCGGUUUCGGGAGCAAACUCCGAGAGCCGGAGCUAUGGCAGCACGCUCUUCGGCAGUAGUGGCAUGGGGAACGGCAACGGCAGUGGCCACAACCACUCGUCCGCCAAUCCGAGCCCCUUUACCACCACCAACGGCAAUGGCAACCACAAUACCAUGCAUCUGUACGGCACUUUGCCCAAGAACGGAACCUCCACUGGGGCAGCUCUGUUCGGCGGAUCGACCAACAGCUCCUCCUACCACUCCUCGGCGGGAAGUGGCAGUGGAGCGGGAACCGCCAGCAGCAGCGGUGUUAGCUCCAUGACGGGCUCCACCAACAGCUACGACUUCUACACGAGCAGUAGCUCCAGUGGCGGCAGUUCGCGACCCUUCGCCAACGGGGGCAACAACUACCACACCCUGGGAACCUAUAGGGCCCAGUACGCGGCCACCAACCCCUUCCUGGACGCCUUCGACGAGAAGCCGGGCAGCAAUGGGGCCAAUAGCCACGGUGAGGAAAAGCUGGGCGCGGACAAGGGACACCACAGGGCGGCUGUAAUGACGGCUUUCCAGGCGUCGGGAGACUCGAAGAACGGUAGCGAUGAGUACGACGAUAUCAAGUGAGGUAGGAAAAAAGCUAUUCAUUGCGGUUAGACAGAAGGAAAUUAACUGAAACUACGUUUAUACGCGUACGAAAAUGCAACAUGAAAAGAUUUUUAACAGCUUAUAAGUUCUUAUUCUAAAUGUGUCCAAAGUUUGUCCUACUUUUUUAGUUCUUUCCAAUCAUCUACCUUGUAAAUAAUAUCGUUCGAAAGGUUUAUUGCACUGCGUAUAGGCGUAGUUACUUAACGAAAGAGUACGAAUAUGAAUGCCAUACAAUGCUGAAAGUGUUCUUUUGAAGUAUUUACAGUUUACAAAUUUACAAGAUACGAAAGAUAAGCGAAUAUUAAACCCCUAUCAAUAAUCCAAUCGAUUUUGCAAAGAGCAUAGAGUCAAGUCCCUAACCAAUGGAAGCUUGAUGGCAAUCCACUAAAGCAAGCAAAAAAUAAAUUAUAUAGUCGUCGAGCUCUGUGUAAUACACAGUGUGCAUUCAUGUGUGUUUAAAAUACUUAAUGGAAGCUUAUCCUUGGUAGCUACAAUACUUCUGUAAGCUCGACAGUGGGCAGCCAUUCAGCUAACAUAAAUCCGAAUUCAAUAACAUUUACGAACAGUAUUUUUGAAUGAACUAAAACAUAAACAGCGUAUACAACAAAUUAUAUUUAAAUAAUAUAAAGAGAAAAACUUAAACAAAAGGUUGAUCGCGCAUUUAAUUUUUACAAACAAACAAUUUCUAUAAACACUUACACGCCUCUAAUCAAUUGUGUUGAUAACAUAUUUUUUUAUACUCCCGUUCCGCAGUGGAAACUGUAUAUAAGGAAAGCUGCUAGUUCACCACUUCCUAGCCCUAAUCUCUAGACACAGCAUCUGCUAUGUGCGUGUUUCAAUGUGACCAACUCUCUAAUCUGUAAAACCAAUAUACACGACUAUGACAACCUAACUAAAUUAAAUAUUGGACGACUUUUUGAGCAACAAAUGUAUUUGCCUAAAAUGUUUCUCUACGCCUCUUAUAUAUAACUCUAUAUACACGUGCAUAUGUGAUCAGUUCUGAUCGAAAAGACCCACAGUGCUGAAGAAAAUGCAUAUAUUUCGAUCGCUUCAGAUCAAACUCUCGACUUGGGGCUCCACAUAUGCAGACACCACACGGAUACUAACAUGCAAAAUACAAAUACAUGAAUUUAUUGACGAAUCGAUGUGCUUAGUUUUUGUAUGAAACAAAGUCUGAUAUACACACUAAUAUACAACAGUACAGUGUAAUAUUUAUAAACAUUUAAACAUAAUUAUACAAGCGAUGAAAAAUCUAAAAAAAAAAGAAAAGUAAUGCUAAAAAUAUAUACUACAAAAUAACAAAUUAAACACGCUUUGCGAUUAAGAAGAAUUUUACAGCCGUUAUGUUUUCAAAGCUUUUUAUAAUGUAUGACCAACUGUGCUUAAUCCCAAUCAUAUAGCAAAUUACAUUUAAACGAGCAUAUAACGAACUCAACCGCAUAAAAUAAAAUACUUUCAAAUACAAAUGCUACGGAACUGUAAAUACCCAGAAAGAAAUUUACCUAUCUGGUCUGGCAGUCAAUAAUCGUCAGUUAAAGCUAGGCUCUAGUCAUAGGUAUCGUCGUUGAAUACACGUUUUAUUUAAACUAGGUUAAACAGGGAGCAUCGUAAGCAAUAAAAUAACAGUUGGCUGAAAAGGAAAUAGAAAAGCUAGGAAAUUAGAUCCAGACACCGAUAUAAAUUUAUGUUAGCAACCAAAAAUGCAUAAUCAUUCGUCUUCAUGCAAGUACAACUUCCUCCAGCAACUCAACAAAAUCAAUUGAUAAAAAAUAAUGUCAUCUUCUCAUAUUCAAAUUCAUAUUCAAUUUUUCAUAAUUAAUCGAAACUAUAUAACCCUAAUUCCAAAUUAAGCACAACUUUAAGCAAGAAUGUGCAUUAUUUGACUUUAACAAUUAAUACCAAAUGUGGGUUGAUGAGUCCGAAAAUGCGUUAAGAUUUUAAAUAGCAAAUUAUUCAGUUAAUUGUUGUCAGAUUUAUUUUAUACGAAUAGAGAGCAUUUGAAGUGUUAAACAUGAUUAUGAAACCAAAGAGUUAGGAACCACAAUAUAGGCAACCAUAUAGUUGAGGCAAAUUGAUUUUUAUAUAGUAAAUUGUUAAUUAUUGCAUAUAGCAAGUAGAGUUUUAAUAAAAGUCGGAAGUAAAUGUAAUGGCCAGACAGAAGAGUUAAUUUGCAAUGGUCACGACCUGCAAGCCAUAUUAGCAGUCCAACCUGUUUAUUGAUUUUAGGAUUUUAAAGUCGUAAAUACCAAAGAAAAGUCAAUGUUACUAAAGCUGUCGCCUUCGUUUUAAACACAAGUAAUACUCUAAUACCCCCCGUAGCUCCCUAACCCGAUUUUCAUAAUUUCUUCACCCCGAAAGCUUUAAUCGUUGAACGACCCGAAGGUUACAAAUUCGAUACAUAUUCUACAUAUACCAAAUAAAGUAGCGGAUUAGUUGUAGGAUAUCACGAGUAGAACAACACUUUGGUUUACUUGCGAGCUGUUGUGGCUUCAUAGUCGUAGUUAGCUUAGCCCUAAGUUGUGGAAGUUGGUGGAGAAUCGGUAGUGUCCAGUUGGUGGUGGUUUAUGGAACAACUGGCGGCUGCGACUGCGAGGGCUGCUGUUGUGGCUUUUGCUGCUUAGAGCUGCUUCCCUGCCCCGAUCCUGUUCGGUAUGUAUUUGUACUUGUACUUAGAAUUCGUAAGCAUACACUAUGGAAUAUAUAUCACUGUGUCAUAUCGUACAUUUAAAGCAAGUAACGCAACCAAAUUGGAGCUGGGCGAAGCAACCAGAAGAGGGUAAUUUGUUAACGCAAAGUAUUCACGUAUUGAAGUAUGUAUACAAACCUAAAUUAAUAGCGACCGAGCAUGAACUACAUAAUAUACAUUGAUAAAUACCAAACUAACCUUAACACGAUUGGCAGGCAACCAAGUACUACAAAAUGUAUAUGCAUUUAAUAUAGAAUAACUAAAACUAACUAAACAUUAAAUAACUUUUACGAAAACCAAUCCAACUGUUAGCUGGCGCAUGACAACGUCAAAUGAAUUGAUAAAUAUGCUAACACAUUAGGCAUUAAAGUUAGUUAACAGUGAAUGAAACAGAAACGAACUAAUUUACCGAAAUGUAUUGCACAAUAUCGAACACUUAUAAAUAUUAGCGAAAGUAACUAAGCCUACCAAAAAUUAUCCGCGUACGAAUAGAAUCGAAUACGUAGGCAGAAUUCAGAUUCCAUUUAAGUUAUGUUCAAAACUCGAUCUCGAAAUCGGAUCUGCAACCGACCGAUUCCACGGCAAUAACGGAAAUCUCGGAUAGUUUAAAAGGGAGCUCAGUUGAAUUACGGUUUGGAUAAUGGAUUAUUUGUAUAAUGAAUACGUCUAAGUAUAUAUAAAGAAUGUGUGAAUUUAUGUGUGUAUUAAAUGUGCCUACACUUUCGUUUACAUUCGAACCAGAUAGAUCCUUCCUGCCACGCCCAUGUACACUUCAUUUCCGCCCCACUUUGAGAACCCUUUGACGCUUAACGGGGAUUUAUUUUCGAGUUUUUCGAGCAAUGUGCAAGCGAUUGCAAUUGAGGCAAAGAUUUUUCUGUCGAACUUAACAAGUAAAUGGAGACCAAAUGCUCAGGGCUUUAGCGAGUUAUAGUAGGCGUAAUAUAGCAAAAAAACAAAACAUGGGGAGACCCACCUAAGAACUAAGUGCAACACAUCAUGAGCAUACUCCAUCAAAGUUAGGCCAAUGCAUUUUAGUUUAAACUUUAGAUCCUGUCAUCACCAGCAAAAGCGGCGGGUGCAACACCAACAUCAACAAUAACAACAGCAGCCACAACAAGAACAAUCCAGCAAACAAAUUUACAAAAUCCAAGCAAUCAAUUUGUUGAAAAGACUGAAAACCAUAUAAAAGAAAAAGAAAACGAAACACAACUAAACCAACAACAAAAAACUCCCUGUGCAACCGAAGAGAGUGUUCAUAGAAAUCGACAUCAAACUAAAAGAAAUAUACAAGCAAAAGUAUUUUAAAAAAGAUCCCCAGUCAUAGAAAGUCUCAAAGUUUUCCUUAUGUUUGCGAUCAGUUGAAACGUUUUUGUUGAUCCUUUUCUAGCGCGUCAUUGAACUUUAUCGAGAUAACAUAAAAAACCUUAAAGUAAUAGUGAAAUAUUAGAGGAAAUAAUAAAAAAUAUUACCACCAGCAAUUUGCUACCUACUUAAUAUGCAAGUUUAAUAAUAAAAUGCAAUAAGAAAUAGAUUAAAAAAUAGUUCAAAACUUAUCGAAAAGGAGAAGAGUUUUCAAGUAGGGAAGUAAACAAUACCGAAUAGAUCUAUCGCAAAAUAUCACACUCUUCCCGGGGCGUUGUGCAAAAUUAAUACCGAUUUUAUUGAACUUUAAAAUCAUUUUCAAAAACCCACCAUAAGAAGAAGCGAAAAGAACAAAUUAAAGUUAAAGUAAAUCUACAUUGUUUCCGUUUGCUAAACCUUUCCCUUUUUAACAGGGAUCGUAAAUAAUCAUCAUUUGAGAUUUUUAUUUUAAAAAUAUCGUUCUUUUUACUCUUGUCCACAAAGUAUAUGCAUUUCAACAAAUCUG